GUGAACUCUAGACGACGAUGAAACAAACCGUAUCGAAGCAAGAAACCCUCACAUAGAGAAGCAAGAGUAUAUUGUAAUCUUGUUCUAACUAUAGAUACCGACAGAAUCAAUGAGAAUGACGCCGAGCAGGAGAGGGCAGGUGUGGUUCCGCUGCGUUCUUGCGUUUGCUCGUUUUUUCGCCAGCGGAGCAAUUCAGGCUGCUGACGCAAAAAUCGCGAAUGAGGAUUCACAGCCCUGUUGCGAUUAUGCAGCGAAAAACGAAAAAGAGACGGAGACAAUUGCUCCUGCCACUGCGGCUGGUGCCGCGACGGAGAGCACUGCAAUCGGAAGUGCACAGUCGGCUGCUGGGCAAAGUACUGGAAUGAUCUCUACGAACAUCAAUCUGGACCACAUUCCCCAAUCUGCCUUGCUGCCAGUCGAGACGUUGCCGCAGGCCCACAUGCUGCCCGUGGCGAAACCGGACGAAACCAGGCCCGCGUCUACAGGCAUGCCGCAGGAGAAGCAAAAGCAAGACGCGAAGGAUGUUUCCGAGCCGAAUGUGCACCACGCAGCGACGAACAUCGUGUCGGAGUCGUUCAUGAAGGAAUCCAUGACGGUGGGGAAGCAACCAAGCAUGGCGGCAGCCUGUCAAGCGGCGCGGAGCAUGCUCUUUGGUGGUAAGCAGGAGGGAGCAGAGGUGGAAGAGGCUUGCGUCGCAUACGAAGAAACAGAACCGAUGAAAACUUAUCCCUGCAAAUUGGAGGACGUUGUGAACUUACCGCCGGAAAAAUCACCGCCAUCAGCCUGGGCUGCCACUUGCACGAGAACAGCAUCGGAUGCACAGUCGUUUGCGACGAAGCCGGAGAAAGCGCCGAGCGUGGUCGAAAGCUCGGGUCCUGUUGGCCCACCGCCCGGCUCGAGCGCAUCUUCUACUGCCACUGGUAAUGUACAACCAGCGUCCUCUCCGAUGAGCACCAGGACGCGACUACAAGAGGCCUCCCCGCCAACUGCCUUCAUGGAAUUGGGUCCACAAAUCAAGCGGCGGCUCCGCGGAGGCUACAAUUUGUAUCAUCUGCAACGCACCACCACCAGUAUUCGGGAGGCGGAAAAAAUAUAA